CGCGCAAAUCUUUCAGCGCAUUUGUCGAAAGUUCGCAGUGAUAUAGACAAAGCGAUACCGAAUAAGGAUUUCGAUGGUUUGGCAAUAAUCGAUUACGAAGAAUGGAGACCACUUUGGGAACAUAACUGGUAUACGAGACGGAUUUACCAUAAUGCAUCGCUGGCUUAUGUUGAGGAACAAUACAAAAAUACGGGAAAAACUUUAACCAAAGGUGAUGAACUGGCUAAAAAAGAAUUCAAUCAGGCAGCAAUGAAUUUUUUAACGGAAACUAUUCGUGAAGCAAAAAAUAUGAGACCAAAUGCCUUAUGGGAAUUUUAUGGCAUGCCAUUUUGCAAUUACAGUGCAGGGAAAAAUGGCACUGAAGGAUGUGGAGAAGUAUUUGAAGAAUUCAAUAAUCGAUUACAACCUCUGUAUGCUAAAGCUACCGCUUUUUAUCCGUCCAUUUAUUUGCCAAGCAGAAAAAGUGGUCGUACUGGUUGUUUGUACGUCACUUCCGUCCUUCAAGAAGCUAAACGUUGUGCAGAGAACUUGUCAAUAUCGAUAUUCACGUUCAAUGACAUUGAGUGCUUUCCAUUGGAAUCUGCUGAUCCAUAUUAUACUCAAGAUGAUUUAUCCCAUUCACUGAAUACAGCCUUUGUUAUGGGUGUACAAGGUACUAUCAUUUGGUCAUCAUCCAAAGAUAUGGUGAACCAAUGCCACGGUAUAGGAGAUUAUGUCCUCAAAUAUGUUGAUCCAAAAGUGGUGGAAUUGAAAACUUGUGACAAAAUUGAAUUGAAAACUUGUGACAAAAUUAGAAGAAUUAAGAAACGUCAAAUACCUGAUCAAAUUUCUUGCGCAGUGAAAAAUGACCCAGCAUACGAUAACUGUCAAAAUGCAAUGACAUCCAUUAAUAAGCCUGCAAUAACCGCCAAGUAA